AUGGCUGCGACUAACUCUGCUGUUAAACCUAUUGGCCUUUCACAGCCCGAAGUAACUCUGUUUACCAAUGCCUCAAAUCAAGGUUGGGGUGGUGUUUUAGGCAAAGUCACCAUCGGGGGUCGAUGGACUUCCUCUGAAGCAACCCACCACAUAAAUUUUUUGGAAAUGCUAGCUGUAUUUUUUGCUCUAAAAGCCUUUCAGACACAGUUGCUGGGUAAACAUGUGUGUGUUAGAAUAGACAACAUGACGGCGGUAUCAGACAUAGGUAAAAUGGGUACCAGCCAUUCUAGAAAUCGCAACAACUUAACUUGAGAAAUUUGGACCUGGUGUAUUAUACAUCUUGUGUUCUUAACUACAGCACACAUACCAGGCAAAGAAAAUGAGGCAGCUGAUGCUGAAUCUAGAAAAGCUAGAGAUCAAACUGAAUGGGCGUUAGACCCAGAAAUAUUUCAACAGGGUACCCAGAGGUUAGGGGUAAAACCAGUUAUUGACCUGUUUGCCUCCCGAUUAAAUUAUAAAUUGAAACCUUUUAUUGCUUACCAGCCUGAUCCUGAGGCUGAGGCAGUUAAUGCCUUCACAAUCUCAUGGCAUUAA